AUGGGCACCGCGACCUUCAACUGGCAGUACAACGCCGACCCCUACGCAUUGCCGUCCACCGAGCUCGUCCACCGCGCGCUCUCGCGCGGCGUGCGCGCCUUUGACACCUCGCCCUACUACGGCCCCGCCGAGGAACUCCUGGGCCGCGCGCUGGCCACCGACUUCGUCCGCACCAACUUCCCGCGCUACACCUACCGGCUGCUCACCAAGGUCGGCCGCGUCGCCGGCUCGGCCUUUGACUACUCGCCCAGGUGGGUGCGCCACAGCGUGCGCUGCAGCCUGCGCCGGCUGCGCACCCCCUACCUCGACGUGGUGUACUGCCACGACGUCGAGUUCGUCACGCCGGCCGAGGUGCUCGCCGCCGUGCGCGAGCUGCGCCGCCUCCGCGACACCGACGGCACCGUGCACUACAUCGGCAUCUCGGGCUACCCGGUCGAGGUGCUGUGCGACCUGGCCGAGCUGGUCCUCCGCGAGACCGGCGAGCCCCUCGACGCCGUCAUGUCCUACGCCAACUUCACCCUGCAGAACACGCGCCUGCGCUCGCUCGCUUUGCCGCGCCUGCGCGCCGCCCGCGUCGACGUCGUCCCCAACGCCUCCCCGCUCGGCAUGGGCCUGCUGCGCCGCCACGGCGUCCCCAUCGGUAGCAUGGGCGACUUCCACCCGGCCCCGGACGGCCUGCGCGCCGCCAUCCACCGCGUCGCCACCUGGCUCGACUCCACCCACGCCGAGAAGCUCGAGGUCGUCGCCAUCCGCUUCGCCCUCGAGUCCUGGCUGCGCGACGGCGCCCCCGCCGGCGCUCUGGGCCCGCCUCUCGCCCCCGGCCCCGACGCUGACCCGCGCUUCCUCUCCGUCGCCUCCAUCGGCACCGGCCACCGCCUCGGCGUGAGCGUCAUGGGCGUCAGCACCCUCGACGAGCUGGACGAGACCCUGCGGGUGUGGCACAGCAUCAUCGACGGGCUCGAGAACAAGGAUGACGACGAGGAGGAGGGUGACAAGCCCGCCACGGACGCCAUCCCCACCCCGCAGGACGGCCUCACCGACCGCGCCUGGUCGCGCGCCCGCCGCGCCCGCAUCGCCGACCUUGCUCGCCAAAUUCAGAAGCUGCUCGGUCCUGACUGGGUGGAUUACACUUGGCCCAGUCCCGGUCCGGGCUUCGUCAACACUCUGCCCGCGGAGCAUGUGGCGCUGUGCGAGAGGCUGAAGACCGCACCGUUGGAAAUGGAGGUGGAGAAUGAUGAGCCCUUGAUUACGCCGCCGCUGGAUGCUGUCGAUACCAAGAUACCCGUUACUGCGCCGUCCGACGUGACUUUAUAG